AUGUAUCAGAAAGGAGAAGCCCUUCUGUUUGAAAAAGAAUUGAAAAUGUACGACGACUUCGUCUCUUUAUCCUCUUCUUCUUCUCGAUCGAGGCGCGGAUUCAGGUCCACAAUACGCGGCUUGCGUACGAGCUCGACAGACGUGGUGGCGGUGGAUGCGACGGAGAGAGGGAGAACGACGACGAAGUCUCCGUACAAAUGGCUGAAAUCGACGGCGCACGAGCUGGAGAUCAAAGGUAAAUGUCGCAGUCUCGUGGCGAGGAUCGGCCGGAAGGGUGGCAGGAAGCGCCAUGGCUCUGCCGAUCUCAGCUACGACCCGCUCACUUAUGCGCUGAACUUCGAAGAAGAUCGUGUCUACGACGAGGAGUUCCAUCCCGUAUACGCGUCGAGGUUGCCGGCUUCACGGAGCGUCAGAUUCCCAUGA